UCUCAUCUCCACCAUCCUCUUCGUGUUUAUUGUCGCCUCUCAUCUUCUUUCUCUGCUCUCUCUCCCUCUGUGAAUUUGGUAAUUUUCUGGUUAAUUAUGGCUAUAUCAUCUUCAGUAAUUGAAAUGGAUGAAUAUUAUGAAGGAGAAGAGCUUCAUGUUCUAGCUGUAGAUGAUAGCAUCAUUGAUAGGAAACUUGUGGAGACGUUGCUCAAGAAAUCUUCCUGUAAAGUGACGACAGUAGAGAAUGGGUUGAGGGCAUUGGAGUAUCUGGGUUUGGGAGGUGGUGAGAAUCAUGGCUCUGCAAUUGGAACCCAUGGAGAGAAGGUAAAUUUGAUAAUCAGUGAUUAUAGUAUGCCAGGAAUGACAGGGUAUGAGCUUCUUAAGAAAAUUAAGGAAUCAUCUACCAUGAAAGAAAUUCCAGUUGUGAUUGUAUCAUCUGACAACAUCCCAACUCGAAUCAACAAGUGCUUAGAUGAAGGAGCUCAAGAAUUCAUACUAAAGCCCCUCCAACAAUCAGAUGUAAAGAAAUUGAGAUGUCAUAUGAUGAAGAUUAACAAGUCAUGCAGUGGGAAGUUAUGUCUUGGAAGGUAAAAUCCUCCAAUAAACAAUGAAAGAGACUUGAAGAAUUUACAACUUUAACAUGACUAGAUGUGUAUUAAUUCAUAAAACAUGAAGAAUGAAUGAGAAUUGCUACAGAAGUUUAAGCC